AUGGAAUCUUUAACUAAAAAAACGGGGAAGGGGGGUAAUGAAGAAGAGGAGGGAGGUGUGGUCCCUAGGGACGGAGCUACGUCGAGCGUGGCGGCGGAAGCCGUUAUCAUGGUCGAACGUAUGAAGGGCAAGAUGAGCGCCCUUGAAGAGAGGUUGGGGCGGGCCUCGGCCUCCGGGUCGAGGGACCGCUCCUCCUCUCGGAAAAGGGCGUCUCUGCCGGAGCCGCGACCGGGGCCCUCCGCCCCGGCGGGCCCCUCGCCGAUGAGACUAAGGUCUUCGUCGGGGGCGUCCGCCGGGUCGGGGGCGUCGGCCGGGCCCUCGAAGUUGACGGAAGCUGCCACAUCCAGCGGUAGCGAUACGAGUGAGCCCGGAAUACUGGCGCCUCCUGCUCGAAAAAAGAGUAGGGGGCGGCCUGAGACAACCGGCGAAUAUCACCGGAAGUUGGCGGUAAAGGAGGCGGACCUCCAUCAAUAUCAAGAGGCCGCAGCUGAGAAGCUGGUGCAGGAUAUACUCGAUCCGCGAGUGCCAGCACCUGUCCGCAAGAAAGCGGACACGGCGCAGCGCGACAGUAUCGCGGAGGUAUUGCGAAAAACAUCUCUCGCCGACAUCGGCCAGCAGGCCCUUGACGCGGGGGAUGUAAUAUACAAAACGGCGGCCAAAAGCGGGCGUCUGCAGGGGCAGCUGCAGAAAGCCCUCAAGGAGUCCGCAGAUAUGCUUGUUUGCGCAAGCAUGGAGGCGAUUCAGCGGAGUAAUGCUUCCGACCUUGAGAGCGACAAUCUCGCGCUUAGAUCCGAGAUUGCCGCGCUCAAGGCGGAAAUCGAAGAUUUGAAGGCGGCAGCUCUGCGCAAGGACGUAGAUGCUCUUAGGGCGGAGCUCGGAUCAGAGCGAGCUUCCGAGCGCGCAUCAGAGAAGACGGCAACAACGCCGCCACGCCUGCAAUCGCCGGCGCGGAUGUGCUGGUCGCCGCCCUUGAUAUGGGAGUCGUCACCACCGCACGCCUGCAAUCGCCGGCGCGGAUGUGUUGGUCGCCGCCCUUGA